AUGGCAACAGCGGGUGCAGCACCUGCUUCUGGAUUAAGAGAUGUAAAUGCAAGUUCAGUAAUUGCUGCUGAAAGGUUACCUGAUGAGAUUCUUGGCAUGAGAAUUAAGGAUGAUAAGGAAAUGGAAGCAAGUGUGGUAGAUGGAAGUAGUACUGAAGCAGGACAUGUGAUUGUCACUACUAUUGGUGGUAAAAAUGGCCAGCCAAAGCAGACAAUAAGUUACAUGGCUGAGCGUGCGGUUGGACAAGGAUCAUUUGGUAUAGUUUUCCAGGCAAAAUGCUUGGAGACAGGUGAAACCGUGGCUAUAAAGAAGGUUCUUCAAGACAAGAGGUACAAGAACCGGGAAUUACAAACAAUGCGCCUUUUGGACCACCCCAAUGUUGUAACUUUGAAGCAUUGUUUCUUUUCAACAACUGAAAAAGAUGAGCUCUAUCUUAACUUGGUACUUGAGUAUGUUCCUGAGACUGUCCAUCGUGUGAUCAGACACUACAGCAAAAUGAAUCAAAGGAUGCCGUUGAUAUAUGUAAAACUUUAUUCUUACCAGAUAUGUAGAGCACUAGCUUAUAUACAUAACUGUGUUGGAGUGUCUCAUAGGGACAUAAAACCUCAAAAUCUACUGGUCAAUCCUCACACGCACCAGCUGAAGCUUUGUGAUUUUGGGAGUGCAAAAGUCCUGGUCAAAGGUGAGCCAAACAUAUCUUACAUCUGUUCAAGAUAUUACAGAGCUCCCGAGCUUAUAUUUGGCGCAACUGAGUACACCGCAGCCAUUGACAUUUGGUCAGCUGGAUGUGUACUUGGGGAACUAUUGCUUGGCCAGCCUCUCUUUCCUGGUGCAAGUGGAGUUGAUCAGCUCGUUGAGAUUAUCAAGGUUUUAGGUACCCCGACAAGGGAAGAAAUAAAGUGUAUGAAUCCUAAUUACACAGAGUUCAAAUUCCCACAAAUCAAAGCUCAUCCGUGGCACAAGAUCUUUCGCAAGCGUAUGCCACCUGAGGCCGUGGAUCUCGUCUCAAGACUACUGCAAUACUCUCCUAAUCUUCGAAGCACAGCUUUGGAGGCCCUGGUUCAUCCAUUCUUCGAUGAAUUGCGUGAUCCAAAUACCCGCUUACCAAAUGGGCGCCAUCUUCCUCCUUUAUUUAACUUCAAAGCGAAUGAGCUUAAGGGAGUGCCUGCCGAAAUGCUGGUGAAGCUGAUUCCGUCUCACGCAAGAAAGCAAUCUGCCUUGUUUGUGUCAUAG